AUGGCCGCGCGUACAAUUACAGCCACCGGUAGUGACGUCAUAUCAGACGCCGAAGCUCCAUUGCUAAACGACGUCGUCCCUAGCUCCGUCGACUUCCGCGGCCGGCCCGCCGUCCGAUCGAAAUCCGGCUGCUGGAAGUCCUCUUCUUUCAUCAUAGGUGUUGAGAUGGCCGAGAGAUUUGCUUACUACGGCAUAAGUGCGAAUCUGGUGACCUACUUGACCGGCCCGUUGGGCCAAUCCACCGCCAGGGCUGCGGCGAACGUGAACGCGUGGUCCGGCACGGCGUUUCUCUCUCCGCUGCUGGGCGCUUUUAUCGCCGACUCUUAUUUGGGGAAAUAUCGGACGAUCAUCUUUGCAUCUCUGCUCUACAUCCUGGGACUCGGUUUCUUGUCUCUAUCAGCCGCUCUUCAACACUCAGACAAAACACAUUCUCCCCCUCAGCUUCAGAUAAUCUUCUUCUUCUCUUCAUUGUACCUGGUCGCAUUAGCCCAAGGUGGGCACAAGCCCUGCCUGCAAGCUUUCGGGGCCGAACAAUUUGACGACAAUGAUCAGGACGAGCGCAAAGCCAAGAGCUCGUUUUUCAACUGGUGGAAUUUUUGCCUGUGCGCCAGUGUAUUGGUUGGCCUCCUCGUCUUGACUUACAUUCAGGACAACAUGAGUUGGGAACUCGGGUUUGGGAUUCCAUGCAUCGUCAUGUGCCUUGCGCUUAUCGUGUUUGCCCUUGGUUCAUUUACCUAUCGUUUUCAAUUGUCCGGUGAUCAGAGGAACCCGUUUUUGAGAAUCGGUCGUGUUUUUGUCGAGCUGGCUAGAAAUUGGAGGGUGAGGAACAACAAUGCAGUUCUAUCCGUCAAAGUGGAUUCUUGUUAUGAGUUUGUGGAAAAAGGCCUGCUCGAACCCAACAAUUCGAAAGACAUCGAGGAUGCAAAAACUAUCCUUAAACUUCUCCCGAUAUGCCUCACGUGCCUCGUGUACUCCACCGUGUACUCCCAAUCCACGACCUUCUUCACCAAGCAAGGAGCCACCAUGGACCGCCACAUCACCGCCAGCUUCCAGCUGCCGGCCGCCUCCCUCCAGUCCUUCACAGCCGCCUCCCUCGUCCUCUUCAUCCCGAUUUACGAGCGGGUUCUUGUCCCGGUUGCCCGAGCCGUGACCCGAAAACCAACCGGCAUAUCCCUGCUCCAGAGAGUCGGGACAGGAGUAUUUUUGUCCGUAAUCUCGAUGACUGUUGCAGGUUUUGUCGAGAGCAAGCGGUUGAAAGUCGCGCUUGAGCACGGGCUAGUCGACUCGCCUGGGAAAACAGUUCCCAUGAAUGUUUUGUGGCUGGCCCCACAGUACCUUGUCCUGGGGAUUGCUGACGUGUUCACACUCGUCGGGCUUCAGGAGUUUGUGUACGACCAAAUCCCGGGCGAUCUGAAAAGCAUGGGGCUCGCCAUUUCACUUGGUGUGCUUGGGACAGGUAGCUUUCUGAGCGGGUUUAUCGUGUCAGUUAUUGAUGGGUUGACCGGGGGGAGUCGUGGUUGGGCCCACCAGAGUUGGUUCUCGAGCAAUUUGAACCGGGCCCACCUGGACUACUUCUACUGGCUGCUGGCUGGGCUGAGCGCCUGCUCGUGUGUGGUGUUUGUGUAUUUGGCUAGGUCUUAUGUUUAUGUAAGGAAAUGUGUAGUUUGA